AUGCCGACUGAUCCAUCACUGCUCCAAAUUCAGGACUUCCCCACCACGGCGCUGACCUUUGAAGCCUGGGUCAGCUCCUCGGACUUCUGCCAUGCGGGCACCAUCAUGUCAUAUUCAAAGGACAGUAAGGCAACAGACGAGGACCAGAGGAUUGCAGACUUCAACCACUUUGUGGUGUUUGACCCACGCAACCUGCUGGCCUGCCACGAUUACAAGUUCAUCGAUCUGAAGCCAGAUCCUCAGAACGUCUCCUGCCAUUCCGGCUUCAUCAACGUCACCGGCCACGACACCACCGCAAA